GUGUUAUUGCAUGUAGUGUUGCAUGAGUGUUUCCUAAUGAUGCUCGGAUAUCCAAGGAGUGUUUGGUCCACGCUUUGGAUUCAUAAUAUGAGUGGGAAUACACAUGGACGCUGCGUAAAGGAAAACCUGAACUCCCAGUGUGACCAUUGAAGUUCGUGUCAAUCCUCCAAAGGGCAUUAUGGGUCUCUCAUCUCUACUGCUUCUCGUUGCUUUUCUGGGCUGGGCUGAAGGUGGUACCUCUCUUCACUACUUAGACGGUCGGUCCAGCCGCCUCUCUCUGGAGAAAACCUUCGGCCGAUCGCUCAAAGACUCCCAGUGCAAACACAUGUUGAAGCACCUUCACAACGGAGCCCGAAUCACUGUGCAGAUGCCUCCCAGCGUAGAGGGUCACUGGGUGUCCACCAGCUGUGAGGUGAGACCAGGUCCGGAGUUCUUGACGCGCUCCUACAGUUUCUACUCCAACAACACCUUCCAGGCUCACCAGUUCUACUAUGAAGACAACCACUGCACCAAACCCACCUACACCCUGGUGAUCCGGGGUCGUCUCCGCUUACGCCAGGCCUCCUGGAUCAUCCGCGGCGGCACAGAGGCAGAGUACCACCUCCACCACGUCCAGAUGGUUUGCCACACGGCCACCGUGGCCAAAGAGCUCAGCCAAAGGUUCAACCGCAGCUGCAGAGGAGCCGUGAAGGGCCCCUGGGAGCCCAGAGUGAUCUACGAGUUGUGGAGCGAGGAGGGCGGCUACGACUGCUCCAGGGAGCUUAACUUUGCCAUGCAUGAGCUGCAGCUGCUGAGGAUGGAGAAGCAGUACCUGCAUCACAACAUGGAUCACCUGGUGGAGGAGCUGUUUCUAGGAGACAUCCACACCGACUCGUCCCAGAGGCUGUACUACAAGCCGUCCAGCUACCAGACCGCCCUGCAAAAUGCCAAGAACCAUGACCACGGCUGCAUUGUAUGUCGUAUCAUCUACCGCUCAGAUGAGUUUCACCCUCCCAUCCUGCCGCCGCGAGCCGACCUGACUGUCGGGUUGUACGGUCAGUGGGUGAGCCAGCGCUGCGAAGUUCGCCCCGAGGUCCUUUUCCUCACCCGUCACUUCAUCUUCCACGACAACAACCACACGUGGGAGGGACACUACUACCACUACUCUGACCCCGUCUGUAAACACCCCACCUUCACCAUCUACGCCCGCGGACGCUACAGCAGAGGGCUUCACUCCACCCGCGUCCUGGGCGGGACAGACUUCGUCUUCAAAGUGAACCACAUGAGAGUAACUCCCAUGGACUUUACCACCACCUCCCUCCUCAACGUCUUCAAUGGUAACGAAUGUGGUGUGCAGGGGUCCUGGCUGGUUGGGGUGGAGCAGGACGUCACCUUAACCAACGGCUGCGUGGCUCUGGGCAUCCGGCUCCCCCACACAGAGUACGAGCUUUUCCGCAUGGAGCAGGAUGCCCACGGUCGCUACCUGCUCUACAAUGGCCAACGUCCCAGUGACGGCUCCAGCCCCGACCGGCCGGAGAAGCGGGCCACAUCCUACCAGAUGCCCCUGAUGCAGUGCUCGGCAAGCAGCCAGUCGUCCGAGAACAGCAGAGAGGACGACGGGCCUCUGCUGCAUCACAAUGACUGCACGGGAUGGCACAGAGGCAGCCAGCAGCUCGUCGAGGUGACUCUCGUCGCAUUCGUCGCGUCUUUGCUUCUCAGCCGGCAAAGCUAGAGAGCAGUUAGGGAUUUUUGUCGACAUAAGACGCAACAAGACAAAAGUGUGGAUUACAAGAGCAGACGGCUAAUUUUAACGUUUUACUUCUCUGAUGUGAAAGAGGAUGAAAACUGGUGCUUCUGAUCCUCUGAACUCCUUGCCAGCUACCAAAAAGACUUGACGCUGCUGCACCACAGAAACUUUAGCACUUUAGUGUGGAACCAAAGACCAAGCUGUCUGUUUUUUCCACAAAUAUUCAAAGACGUCUAUAUAUCCACACAGACCUGAGAGUAUGUUUUAUACAGUGUAUUUACCUGCAACUAUCAAGUCAUCAAGACUCAGUUUGAUGUGGGGAAACCUUUUCUACAAUAACCUCUUGACAAUAAGCUCCUUGUCUCGAGACGUGCUUGUGAAUAGUCACUGUUUACAGUAAAAGGCACUACACUACUCAGAGCUCCAUAUUCACUGGCCAACACUUGACCUUCUUUCUAUUGGGGACAUUUUUAAAUGAUAUUGUACUCGGAUUGGGAAAUGGCACCUGGAAAAUUGGCAUAUCAACUAGCGUUCAUAGACUUCAGAUGCACUCGGCAAUACGGCUAAAUUCAAUACAAUUAUGAGAAUAUUUUUUUUAAAAUAAAUAUCGACAUUGUAAAUGUAUGAAAAAUGAAUGCAUUGAACGGUGUUCCAUUGUUGUGUGCGAAAAUGUGUUCAUUUUAAAUUACAAUUUCCUUGGAAUUAUCGCAAUAUGUUUCCAAUACCUAUCUAUGAAAAGGAGAAUAUUGAAUCGUUGUCCAGCCUCAUGUGCAAUCCCAAGCUGACAUGUUUUGUUUUUUUCUCGGUUAAUGGAAUACAUGCAAAGAGACUCGAAUACAUUUAUAUUCCUAGACAUAAAUAGGCCUCUGAUCUAUCAGACCAACAUGUAACAGAAAACAAACAUUGAAAAUAACUGUCUAUGUUCCAAAUAAGAUCGUGCUUUAAAGUCAAGUUUUUUUGUAACAACAGAGAAGGCUGAGGUUAACCAGGAAUUUAAGUAUUUUUUGGGGUAAAUAUUCUUUCAACUUUUUAGAACAAUGAUCUAACAUGAAUAACUGGACAUUUAUGUAAUUGCAGAUUCUGGUCCAAAAGCACUGUAUAAAAGCCGCACCAUGUCCAGAUUGUGCAGCUCCUUGAAAAGGCUUCCAUUGGGGGAAUCUGUGAAAUUUUAAAGUUAAAGACAAAAAGAUUUGGUUCAUUUGUAGAUUUGAGGUUUCUGUGGCAUUGCGGUCAUCGGGUGUGGCACAGUAUCGGCUCUCUUCAGUUCUUUAGUGGGAUCUCCAUUAUAAUAUUCAUGAAGGACUCUGUGAUAUCGUCACGCUCAUGAUAGUGGACCAGUACAUGUUUGAGAGUUUACCAGCAUGCUUCUGCUCUACAACAAAACUUUCAGACAGUGUUCAACAAAGACGGAACAAACAUGCCAUCACAGCAUACUUUAUUUUUGCAGUGGAAAAACGUUCUUAGUCUCAUUAAUGCAGAAACCUGUAUUGGACUUCAAGAAAUGUAUUUUUGUAACUGGAUACAUGUAUAUAAUAAAAGGUUUGAUACUCUA